CUAUCGGCCAUCACUAAUUAUUAUUGAUUACUAAAACAAAAAGAAUUUUGCAAAAACGUAUUUUGCAAUUACCUCUGGACCCGUUGCUGCUGCAAAAUCACACAUAUCUAGGCAGGAUGGACAUGAUAAACAAAUUCUACUCGUCAGCAGUGCACACGGUGUCCACGCUGUCGGGUGUGCUGCCCGGCAACAACGUAACACGGGAGUACGAGGUCCUGGAACAGGUGUGCACCGCCGGAGUGGGUCUCAUGUGGAAGGUCUACAAUGGCUACAAAAAGAGCACAAAGCAGGAAGUGUCCGUUUUUGUGUUCGAAAAGAAGCUCCUGGAACGCUGGUCCAAAGACGACAGAGAGACGAUGCUGGAGACACUGCGACGGGGCGUGCAGCAGCUAACCAAAAUCCGACAUCCGCAUGUGCUGACGGUGCAGCAUCCGCUGGAGGAGAGUCGCGACUCGUUGGCCUUUGCCACGGAGCCCGUUUUCGCCUCGCUGUCUAACGUCGUCGGAGAUGCCGUGCGCUCCGAGAAGAAGCUGUACGACGUGGAAAUCCGACACGGUCUGCUGCAGCUGUUUGACGGCCUGCAGUUCCUGCACAACGACGCCAAAAUCGUUCACCGCAACAUCAGUGCCGAGACGAUUGUGAUCAACAAGAAUCGCAGCUGGAAGUUGUUUGGCUUCGAUUUUUGCAUAGCCAAUCAGCCGGCAACGGAUGGCACACCGCAUUGGCCUUGCCGCGAGUACACCACAUCGAUGCAUGUUCUGGCCCAGCCCAGUCUGGAGUACACGGCGCCCGAGCUGGCCCUGAACAGUGUGAAUACCCCGGACAGUGAUCUCUUCUCCUUGGGUGUGCUCAUCUUUACCAUUUAUGCGGGCAAGCCUUUGAAGAUGUUUGGCAGCGACUACAGCGGCUUCAGGCGAUAUUGCAACGAAUUGAAUCAGCGCAAGUAUCCAGCAAUGAACGCCGUUCCCAAUGAGCUGACGGAGAGUCUGAAGGCGCUGCUGCAUCCCAGCGCUAGUUUGCGGCCCAAACUGCACGAGCUCAAGCAGAUCGUGUACUUCCAGGAUGUGGGCGUGAAGACGCUCAGCUAUCUGGACUCGCUGUACCAGUGGGACAAUCUGCAAAAGUCCAAGUUCUACAAGGGACUGCCGCAAAUCAUUCCUACGCUGCCGCACCGCGUGAAUCUGCACUCGAUUCUGCCUUAUCUGGUCAAGGAGUUCGUCAACUCGCCAAUGAUUCCGUUUGUGCUGCCCAAUGUCCUGCUGAUAGCCGAGAUGAGCAGCCAGCGGGAGUACUGUGACCACAUUCUACCCCAUCUGAAGCCCAUCUUCAAGCUGACGGAUCCCAUACAGAUUCUGCUGAUAUUCAUGCAAAAAAUGGAUCUCCUGCUGAAGCUCACACCCGCAGAGGACGUGAAGCAGAGUGUGCUGCCGCUGCUGUAUCGCUCGUUGGAGUGCGACAUGCCCCAGAUCCAGGAACUCUGUCUGGCCGUGCUGCCCACAUUCUCCACGCUGAUCGACUACAACGCCAUGAAGAACUCGGUGCUGCCGCGCAUUAAGAAGCUUUGCCUGCAGAGCAGCAAUGUGUCGGUGAAGGUCAACUGUCUGAUAUCCAUAGGCAAGCUGCUGGAGAACCUCGACAAGUGGCUGGUGCUGGACGAGAUUCUGCCCUUCCUGCAGCAAAUACAAAGCCGCGAGCCAGCCAUUAUCAUGGGCAUCAUAGGUAUCUACAAAAUAGCCAUGACCAACACGAAGCUGGGAAUCACGAAGGAUGUGAUGGCACACAAGUGCGUGCCAUUCCUAGUGCCUCUUAGCGUGGAGAAUGGCCUGACCAUUGCUCAAUUUAAUACGAUAAUAGCACUGAUCAAGGAGAUGUUGGGCCGCGUGGAGCAAGAGCAGCGCGAAAAGUUGCAGCAACUCUCCACCAUCCAGCGCGACAAUAAACCCAAAGAUGCUUCCGAGAUAUUGGCCAACGAAAUGGAGAGCAGCACAAUUUCCGCCUCUAGUGCCAGCAAUGGCAACAAGAACCACGAUGACAUGUUCUCCGGCUUUACGGUGGGUCAGUCACAGGGUGCACCAGUCGCCGCUGCCAGCACUCCGGCGCCCAUGAAGAACAGGGAACAGCUCAAAAUAUCGCACAAUACAAUGAACAUGCAAGCCGUGGCGCCCGCACUGCCCGCAGCACCCACAACAGCAGGAGGAGCAUCAGCAGCUACAAAGCCAGACAUUCUUUCCUCGCUGAUGCAAAGCAACCUGAGCAGCCUGGCACCAGCGCCCAGUACCAACAAUGGCUGGCACAGUGCCAAUCCGCUGGUGAUGAACCACCAGCUCGCAUCACCGCAGGCCAGCAACAAUAACUUCUCAUCGCUGGACAAUCUGGAUCCCUUUGGAAGUGGCAGUGGCAGUGGGGGCGUCCCUAAGCCAAGCAAUACGAACGGUGCCAAUAUGUACACGCUGCAGCAGCCACAAGUAAAUUAUAUCUAUCCAACGGGCUACAGCUUGAACAGCAUUCAGCAGCAGCAGCAGCAGCAGCAGAGUCUGGCCAUGAACAAGGCCAUGGCGCAACCAGCCACACUCGUGCCGCAGACGCAGUCACAGUUGAUGCAGGCAACUGAUAACCAGAACCUCAAUGCACUCUCCCAGCAGGACAUACUUAACUUCUUGAACUAGACACAGUCGUAGCCAAAUUAACCAAUUCCAUAUAUUUAAUAUACAUUAAUUUACCUGUACGAAUGUGGGUGUCCCUUAUGUGAGUGUGUGUGUGUGUCUGUUUAAAACAUUUUAAAUUAUAUGUACUUAUAUUAUGUAGAUUUUAACGCAGGUGAAGUGCGGGUCCUAUUGGUCCGGGCAGCCUGUUCGUUGUCACAUUCCGCAAACGCAAACGAUAUCAAAUGUGAAACGAUGCAUGUAGCAUUAAUUUUAGUGUAUGUAUUAUUAUUGUUAGCUAGACAAAAAGCCAACCAACCAACUAUCCAUGUACUUGUCCUCCCCUCCCCCCUCCGGUGCAUUGUGCAAUUGCUCCUUAAUUAUAUUUUACAAUAUAUAUCAAUUCG